UUGAGAUCAAGGAGUUCACCAUUUUCUGUAGUAUUUACUGUUAUUUAACAGAAAUGAGUAUUUAUUACAACGUUCUCUGACAAAGUACGUAUCUCCCAACAUAAAGUGUAAAAUGAUCCAUUUGCGUUCUCUGAUUUAUGUUCUCUGAGUAACAUUCCGUCAAGAGGAACAUUUUGACAAUCGGCACACCAUGAACCAGAGAAAUUCAUUCAUUUAAGUUCUCUGGAUAUACGUUCUCCGUUCUCUGUCUCGGGUCAGAAUAUGAUUAAAUUAUUGUGAAUACUAUUGGCAAUUUAUUCCAUUAAAUUUAUUUAAACAAUAAUUGCACCCUGUAAUUCCAUUUCUACAUGUUUUAGGGCAAACUGAGUCAAAUAGUAAAAAGACGAAAGGUUUCCAUCGGCGUUUGCUUCCUUUUUAAAGAAAAAUAGUUUUAUAAUACCAAAUUGUGUUAAAAUGUCAAAUAGUACAUUCACUACUUCAAACCGCGGCCCAACUCAAAUAAAACCUCAAACAACUAAAGAAUUAGGCUCACCCCAAAAUACGUCAUCCAUCACAUUACUACCAAACGAAUUGUCCCGCGUUUUAGAUCAGCCGGAACGACAACGGUCGUUCAAUUAUUCUGACACAUAUUUCGGGAAUUACAAUGACACUACUUGUGAUAUUUUGAACAUUAGUGACAGGUCCACGUUAGAGGAAAAUAAACAUAUAUUUUUACUUAAGGAAAAAACAGAUUCAUUAUUUCCUCAAUUCCUAGAAGUUUUGCAAGGGCGCACAAAUGACUCUGAAGUUUUUGAUACAAUACAAAAUUUGAUACACAUAUGUGCUGGAGUAGCUGAUGAGGUACAGAAAGCCAUUCGACAGAAUGCGACUAUCUCCAAAUUUCAAAUUAAAAAUUACAUGUGGUUGGACCAAGAAAUGAAAACAUGGAGACUGUUAUUUGCCUUAUACAAAGAUAGGAUCAUGGUGCAAAGAGAAGAUGUUGGUAUGGAUUGUAAUAUGCCACCUUUAGGAGGUUCAGAGAAAGAAGUAAUUGACCAACUCUAUGCAUGCAACUCUACAUUACGUGAGUACCAACUGAUGGUCGAUUGGCUUGAAGCAUGUUACGAUAGAAAGGAUUCUCAACCUCAAGUUGGUCAUGUUACUAAUCGCGCAGUAGGUUGGGAAAACACUCUUUUUCAACUACAAACCCGUCGUGAUGUAGCUUUUGGCACAGGAGUGGCUAUUGUCAAAGCCUUAGAUCCGGAUGCUCCAUAUCGUGAACGUCGUCCACUUCAUGCGCUGGAUGAGGAAGAUAAUUUACGUCUAUCACGUUGUAUUUUUACAGAAGUUCGUCAAGGACGAAUUGACGAAGCAAUGGCUAUUUGUAAACAUAGUGGACAAACAUGGCGCGCUGCUAUACUAGAGGGUUGGCGUCUACAUGAAGAUCCCAACUAUGAAACACAAUUUAAUACUCGAGAAAAGCAGCCAAUCGAAGGGAAUCCUCGUCGUGAUAUUUGGAAGAAAUGCGCCUGGCUAAUGGCUGACUGUAAAAAAUUUGAUGAAUAUACCCGCGCAAUAGCUGGAGCGUUUUGUGGUCACCUCGAGUCUUUAAAGGCAUUAUUAAGUGGUUCAUGGGAGGAUUUACUUUGGGCAUAUCUUAAAGUGCAAAUUGACAUACGUGUGGAGAGUGAAAUACGUGCUUGCUGCAUUAAAGCUUACCUUCCGCUACCCGAUACUUAUUGGAAUUCGAAAAUGUCGUUGGAACAGAUAUUCGAAGAACUGUCGGUUCACAAAGACGUAGCCGUCCGCGACUACACUUGCAGUAAAGUCGGAAUAAUACAAAAGUGCUUGAUAUUGGACAAUAUAGGAGAAUUGCUACAAAUAAUGCGCCGUUGGGUUGAGGAGUCUGAUAAGUCCAACGAUCCACGAGAUCCUCAUCUUCUACGGUUCAUCACGCACAUUGUACUUUUUCUGCGACAAAUUGGACGUGUUGAUAAGGAAGAAACAGCGGACUUUAUAGUAGCGGCAUAUGUUGAAAGUUUAAUCAAAAUGGGAGAUGCACAAUUAGUUGCUUUUUACACUGCUGCGUUGCCUGGAAAAUUUCAAAUGUUUUUAUAUUCCAAAUUUCUAGAAGGAAUUACGGAGAAUGCGAGUCGCUCAGCGGCACUCACGGAGGCCAUAAAUGCUGGUCUUGAUGUAGAGAAUAUUACACGCCAUACAGUUGAUACUAUACGUCAACGUAUGCCAGAAAUUACCGACAAAGCUGCCAUGUCUGACGUUAAAAUCAAAAUUGGGGAGAUUUCACCUUUCGAUCAGCGAAAAAUUAGUGCGUUGGAAUGGUUAACUUUUUUACCAACCCAACGUGGCGACCUGUUGUGGCAAGCAAACGCGAUGAUACGUAAUUUUCUUGGCGAGAAUAAAUCGGAAUGCGUACGCGCAGUUUAUGAAAUUGUCCCUACCGAUUCACUUUCUCAAAUAAUUAAUAUAUAUGGUUCAAGUGAGAACUUUCCUUGUCGCGAAGAGUGUAGUAUAAAGGAAUAUCUAAGUUAUAAAAUUUACUUAGCUGCUAUCGACAGUUUUGAGGAAUGGUCACGGCUAUUGCAUAGUCGUCCGAAGGAACCAAAUCUUGUCACAGCUGGCGCAAAUUUUACUGAACGAGUUGCAUCAGAGCAUAAAGGGCAAGUUUAUCAUGCAGACCUAAAACGCUGGAAAGCAAAUCUUGAAGAACAAACUAAACUAACACGAGAUGCAUUAUUCAAUAUAUUACUCUUCCCGGAAAAGGGGUGGUUAAUUGAUCCAGAUACGUCAAAAGAUCCUGUAAACAUCAAUGGAUUAGAUUGGCAGAAUCGUCAAAUACAGUUAGUAAAAAUACGAAGUAUCUGCAUACCCGAGAUGGUACUUCUAUUGUAUAAAGUUUUACACGUCUCAGGAGAUUACCAAGGAUGUGUUAAGCUGUCAGACGAAAUCGCCUCGGAAACUCGACAACUGUAUAAAGUGUACACAAAGCAUAAGCUGGCUGAACUGCUCUCCAAGUUAGCCGAAUCCUCAUUGCAGUUGUUGAACAAAAAGCUUGACCCAUGGGGUUUCGUUUCUACACUUUAAAUAUUUUGAAAUUAAUAAUAGAAAUUAUUCGUUUCAAUAAUUAUUUUUUUAUUUAGAUUAUUAAUCAAUUCCAAUUGAAUUAAAUUUGUGUUUUUACAAGUUAAAAGCCUAACUGUUUUGUGUUUAACAAACGAAUUGCACAUUGAAAAAUGUAUUAUAGUAAAAAAUACUGUUUACGUUUUAUACAUGAAGAUUGCGGUAAAGCUUUAUCAAACAUAUAAUGAAAUUGUAGAAUUGAACUGAACCAUCAGAAA